AAAAAUGGCGUCUUGUUGAGUAUAUUGUUUGAUUGUUAUAUUUGUCAAUCGUGUGUAAAUUCUGUAAAUUCUAAACUUUAUUGAAAAUGUUCACGAAGAAAUUAUUUGACGUAGCGAAUCGUGAAUCAUCCAACUCUAAAAAAUAUGAGCUGGAUGAAACAUGGAUCAAAACAAGUAGCAAUUGUCUAUUUAGUUUAUGGGGUUUAAUUGUGCAUUUAAUUUUACUAUGGGGCGUGCUAGACGUUAAUUUCCACUCGCCUAUUAUUAAGGAAUUACCAGCUAUAACGGCACCACAUGGAGCACCAGCUAAAAGAGUGUUUCUUUUCGUGGCGGAUGGUUUAAGAUUUCAAACAUUUAUAGAUAAGCCACCACUUUAUCUCAGAAACAUAAUGAAGAACAAAGGUGUUUGGGGAAUAUCUCAUACAAGAGUACCUACAGAAUCAAGGCCAGGUCAUGUUGCAAUUGCCGCAGGAUUAUAUGAGGAUCCUAGUGCUAUUUUUAAAGGAUGGCAGGAAAAUCCAGUAGACUUUGAUUCUGUCUUUAAUCAAAGUCAUUCUACUUGGGCCUGGGGUAGUCCAGAUAUAAUUCCAAUAUUUACAAGAGGUAGCAAACAGAAUGUUCAUGGAAAGACUUAUCCUUCGGCAUGGCAAGACUUUGAUGCAAACUUGAGUAAUCAGACAAUGCGCUUGGAUUCCUGGGUAUUUAAUGCUUAUUUAGAAUGGUUACAUUCUACUAUAGCUGAUGGAAUUAAAGAUGAAAAAGGAAUUAUUUUCUUUUUUCAUUUACUUGGAUGUGACACUUUGGGACAUGCUAAAAAGCCAUAUUCCAGGGAAUAUACGGAAAAUAUGAACUAUGUCAGUCAAAGGAUUGAAGAGAUUGUUAAUGUGACAGAAAGGUUUUUUAAAAACGGCACUACUGCUUAUGUCUUUACGGCAGAUCAUGGAAUGACCGAUUGGGGGUCCCACGGGAGCGGUUUGUUGUCAGAGACUGAAACACCAUUGAUUCUUUGGGGAGCUGGAAUAAAAAAGUCUGGAUACCGUCAAGACGUGGAACAAGCAAGCAUAGCUCCAUUGAUAGCAUCUUUAAUAGGAAUACCUAUCCCUGUAAAUAACGAAGGUUUAUUACCGUGGCAGUAUUUUGAUAGCAAUUAUCACGAGUACAUUGGUCGCGCUUUACUUGGCAAUGUGAAGCAGCUUGCAUAUCAAGUAACAGGAAAUCGUGCAAUAAAUUGCGGAAACGGUGGUCUUCUCGAUUGGCGGGAAGAUCAAUUAAAAGACAAAAUUCGUAAAAUUGAACAGCUCCUCGAUAGAGGAGACGUGACAGAAGGAAUCCGCAAGGGUGACGCUGCAAUCAUUUUCGCCAAGGAAGCUUUAUCAUAUUUUCGACAGUAUCAGCGAAUACGAUUCUUGACUUAUUUAUCGAUAAUGUGGUUUGCCUGGAUAACUGUGUUAUUCUUGAAGAUUGCUGGCGCGGAACGCCAAUAUCGUCGAAUCUCUCUGUUACUGUUAACAAACAUUGGAUUCGUGAGCCUGCUGAUAAUAACAUUAGUGGGGCAUAUAGUGUCCGAUUGCGGUAACUGGAGAUUGCCAUGCUACGCGUCUUUCGCUAUAAUAUCAGUUUGGCUCGCCGUCAAUACUCUAAUUACAUCAACGCCUGUAUUCGUGGUAAAAAAUAAGAGACAGCUUUUCAUAGAGAUUGGAGGCACACUAUUUCUGUUGAUGACAUUAUUUUUCGGGCUGACGUACAGACUUGCCCUUAGCAUCGGUAUGCUAUCUACCGUGUUGAUACGGAAAAUACAAUCGGGAAACCUACAGUCUCCUAUGUUUCUUUGGACGUCCUUGGCGCUGUGCGUAUUUCCCUUGUUACCAGUUGUGGAGCCAUACCCACGCGUUUACAUCGUGAUAAUUAGUAUUUGCCUGACUAUUUCGAUAGUGGUUCUCCGUGAGACCUCACGGAGUCGGAGGAUUAUGGAGAUCUUACGUUUAGUCAUCACAGGUUUCGUAUACACAAAAUUCAUCGACGGUCGAUACUUGGUAUCAUGGAUUAUUUUGUUGACAACACCGUUAUGUAUCUGGCAAUAUCCAACUGAAGUCAAAACAAGAAUGUUGGGCAUAACACUUGGACUUUUUUGUCCGUUCGCAUUAUUGUCCGCGUCGUACGAGCCGCUUUUUUUACUGACACUGACAGGCAAUUUAUAUUGUUGGUUAACGGCUGCUCCGGCCACUCCAAAGUAUUCAAAAAGAAGUACAUUGUCCACAGAGGACAUGAUCGAAGCAGCAUUUUUUAUGUUGUAUACAUUAUUAUGCUUUUUCGGCACAGGAAAUAUGGCGAGUAUCAGCUCGUUCGAUCCAUCUUGGACACGCCAUUUCGUCACAGUUUUCUCCCCAUUUCUAAUGACAUCUUUAAUCCUUCUUAAACUUAGUAUUCCUUUGAUAUUAGUCGGCUGCGCAAAUCACGCUUUAGGAACGAAGUCCAUUUCUUUGGCAGUUCUUUUCUUGGGAGAUUGCUUAUCGCUACCUUUAAUGUAUUCCGUUACGCCGUACGGCAGUUGGCUCGACAUUGGUAGCGCUAUUAGUAAAUUUAUAAUUGCUAUUUCUCUUCCGUGUCUUUUGCUAUUGUUACAGCGUCUUUCAUAUCUGCUUAUGAAAAUAGAUUCGAGAUUAUUCCAAGUAAGUUUAGUUUCUCAGAAAACGCACAUUGUAUAAUUUUCUGAAUACUUAUAUAGAUGCAAUAUGUUAUAAAAUGUCUUAUAUGCAAGACAGCGAGACUGGUUUACUUAUAAUAUAUCAUCAGUUUGAUAAUGAUUGAAACUUGAUUGAUUAAUAAUAUAAAUAAACAUGGACAACUGUCUCUUAUGUCUUAUAUCUUUUAUAUGUCAAACAUGAUAAAAUAAGUAGAAAUAAAGAAGUUGAAUAGAAGAAAUCGAUUGUUCCCAAUCUGCUUUUCAAAUUUACUCGAUUUUCAUUACGGAAGUAUGCAUACUCAAUACAAUGAAACAAAUAUGUGUAAAACAUUUGCUCAGCAAAAUCAAAUAUACUUUCCUGCACAGAGAAAAAGAUUAUUUUCUCUC